CUUAUGGUAUGCCAUUUCUUGAAGAAAAAAGUAUCAUUCAUGGAAAUUUGAAAGCGGAAAACGUGUUUGUUUGUAAAUUUAGGAUGCUAAAAAUAGUGCACUCAAAAUUGAUUGAGCUUAUGAAAACCAGUGAAAAUGAUGAGCAUGUAGAAGGUAAAUGUGAAUGGCAACGGACAGCACCGGAAGUCAUAGAAGACGAGAGUGCGUUAAGUACAAAGUCUGACGUUUGGUCAUUUGGAGUUGUUUUGUAUGAACUGAUAACUUUUGGGGAAUUACCGUAUGCAGGCUUUGAAAAAGACGAGGUGUAUGGUUUAUUAAUGGCCACACACAAACUGCCAAUACCAGAAGAUGUUCCAGUGCAGUGUCCAGAAGAAUACCAUUCCACAAUUCUUAAAUGUUGGCACAAAAAUCCUGAUCGUCGGCUAACCUUUCGGUUUCUUGGAGAUUUUCUAUAUGAUUUUGAAAAUGCUAUUGAGUCUGCAUACAUGGGUAAUUUUAUCACAUAUUUUGUACAGCAUGAAGUUACCAAAUUGUCGUGUCGGCUUGAAUUUCAUUUUGGUUUUCACCGGUCUUGUGUCAUAUUUAGGAUCUAUGAACACGUAGCUUUUGUUUACUUGUGCAUUGUUAAAAAGCUGUCGGGUUUCAUUUUGAAAUUAUGCUUCUUACAAUUUUUUAAUUUUUUUUUGGCGAAGUCCGUCUGAGAACUGUUCAAAUUGUCUAAGACUACGCCCAAUUUUACAGGGGAUCAACCAUUUCGUUGGAUGGACUUUGAUUGCAAGCAGACUAUUGUUGGGGUGCAUUUACCUGCAACCAUGUUCUUCGGUGAUCAGUCACCUUUUGUGGUGCAUUUUGAUUGUGGUUGCAGUCUUAUCAACAAACUUGAAUAGAAUGAUUAAUUAUUAACAAGUGUCCAUUUGUUUGGCACAUACGUUGAUGACAGUAAUCUAUUAAACUUUUUCCAUCAAAUACGAGUUGAAAGAGAAUAAAUUUGGUCAUAAAAGGGGGAAAUGUGCCAUCUUUUUUUAAAAUGAGAAAAAAAAACCUUCGUCCGCCAUGUUUGUUUACAAGUCAUACUGCAGUAAAGAUAAUGAAGGCAUUUCAUUGGUUUAUUGAAAUUUAUUGGUAUGACUAAAACUUGUAACUGAGUUUUUUG